GAGAGCCAGCGUUGCUCACGUUGUGUUCCAGCCUGUAAACUCGGUGAGCUUAGGUGUAGUAAGUGCUGUUACCACAGACCGGGUUUGUAUCCCAGGUUGAUCGAUCUCCGUACAAACUGCUCCCAAGUGACGGGGGACCCAGCGGGAGGGGGCAGCAGUCUGGUUUAGCCAGUCACGUCCCUUCCCAGGGGAGGACGGUAUUAGCGGAAGGCAGCAGCAGUAGAAGGAUGGAACAAACCUAAAACAAAGGCGAACAUCUCGACAGAAUUCCAGGGAGUGAAAUCCAGGAGCAGGGCAAAAUAAAUCUGAGUGUGCCUUGCCCGCAGUGAGAGAACUGAGUGCGUCCGUCUCACAUUUCGAUGUCCUUUUGCAUUUAUUCUUCAAAACCGACCUGGACUGAGCUGUGUGUUUUACUUUCAAAUCCUUUUAAUUCAUUGUGUGUCGAAGGUUGGAAACAAGGGUUCUGCCUGCUGCCCCCCAUAACCAAGGCCAAGGGAAUAGAGGCAGGAGUAUCCGGGGUUGCCUUGGUCCCCAGUGAAUACUUUUUAUCCCCUUAUACUCCUUUCGUUCUGCAGCUGUGGCACUGGAUGGUUUUCUUGAUUCUUCACAACAGUGGUCGGUAGUUCUAGUAACACAUUGGCAGGAUUAUAUAAAGCUCAUACUAUUUAGAUAAGAAGGGCCUCCGUGCUCUUUUCAUCUGUCAUUUUAUCUGUAGCAGAGUUAUAUUGGCUUUCACGGAGACGUUUUAUGGUUUAAAUUUGGGAAUAAAGCCGCUAUGUCUGGAGCAAAGGAAAACCCAUGCCGAAAGUUUCAGGCGAACAUUUUCAAUAAAAGCAAAUGCCAGAAUUGCUUCAAGCCAAGGGAACAACACCUUCUGACUGACCAGGAUUUGACCCAGGCUAAACCGAUUUAUGGAGGCUGGUUAUGCUUGGCACCAGAAGGAACAGAUUUUGAAAACCCUAUGCAGAGAUCUCGGAAAUGGCAGCGUCGUUUCUUUGUCCUGUAUGAACAUGGAUGCUUGCGCUUUGCUUUGGAUGAGUCUCCAAGUACAUUGCCACAGGGAACAAUUAAUAUGAACCAGUGCACAGAUGUAAUUGAUGCUGAACCAAAGACAGGACAGAAGAAUGCACUUUGCAUUGUUACACCUGAGCAGGAAUAUUUUAUACGUGGAGAAAACAAGGAAAUCAUUAAUGGGUGGCUUGAGCAGUUGGUUGUUUAUCCUAAAACCAACAAACAGAACCAGAAGAAGAAACGAAAAGUGGAGGCUACAACAUCACAGGAACCUGGUCCAGCUAAGGUGGCACUCACUGGAUCAGGCAUUCCAGAAGCAGAGAGGGUCCCAGAUUCACGUUCAAGUUUGUGGCAGGAAGAGAUUAAUGACAGUGGCUUCCAGGGACGAGUAUUUGGUGUAACAGGAGGAGAUGCUAUUAUGUCUGGUGUUAGCACUGAUGCUACUUCUACUAAUGGCGAUGACAUUGAGAGAGGUGGACUAUACCCCAUUCAGACACUGGAUUCUCAUGUACUUUUGCCCAGUACCAGUUCAUCUAGUCGCUACAGUGUAGAUUUUGGUGGCAUUCCCAGAUGUCAGUCUCCUACUCAGAGUGACCCUUUUCCCUCAGGAAGUAGUCUUUUGUCUAAUGGGUCACAUAUUAGUGGAUCUUUGAGCUCACUGGAUUCAGAUGCAAGUGGAAGUGUGACUUAUAACACAGAAGGACUUCACACAGAAUUUUCAGCACAGAGGACCUCCAGUCUACCAGACAAUUCUCGAGCCAAACGGUUAAGCUUCAGGGACUCUAAUGAGUUAGAAUCGGACAAGACUGACAAAUAUGCAUUGCCUAAAAGUCCUGGAAGGGACGAGGUAGACCACGCACUUGAACAGGAACCGAGUCGUUCAACUGUAAUUGAGAAACUAGAAGCACUUGAAUUGGAAAAUGCAGAAAGAAUGGAGACUGCCGAAUCUGCUGAAGGAUCCAGUUAUAGUUCAACUAGACAGGGGAGGAGUGAAACAAGGCAUUUCCAAAAGCGAGAGGCAGCAAAGACUUCUGCUCAGCCAUACAGUUUUCAUCCUUCAGUUCCACUUCUACGAAGAGCAAAAUCCCUUGACAGAAGAACAACAGAGUCUGUGAUGACACCUGACUUGUUAAAUUUCAAAAAAGGUUGGAUGGUGAAAUUAGAUGAACAUGGGCAGUGGAAAAAGUAUUGGUUUGUUCUCACAGACAGCAGUCUGCGGUAUUAUAAAGAUUCUAUUGCUGAAGAGGCAGCUGACCUUGAUGGAGAAAUUGAUUUAACAACAUGCUAUAACGUUACUGAAUAUCAGGUUCAAAGAAAUUAUGGUUUUCAAAUUCAUACUCAGGAGGCCAUAUAUACAUUGUCAGCAAUGACUGCUGGUAUCCGUCGAAAUUGGAUUCAAGCAAUUAUGAAAAAUGUGCAGCCAUCAAAAGCACCUGAUGUUGCAAGUUUACCAGAUGAACAAAAGCUAAUACCUCAAAAUGCCAGUUCUGUGCCAGAUGGUAAACAAGAGCCUCUAUUUUUUGAAGCAUCCUCAACUGACAAAGAGAGAAAAAGUCGAGCUCGAGAAAGAAGAAGAGAAGGAAGAUCAAAAACUUUUGACUGGGCAGAAUUUAGACCAAUUGCACAAGCAAUAGCCCAACAACGUGCUUUGGAAAAUGAAUUGCUUUUUCAGCCUGACUUGUUAAACUGUGAAAGGACUAAAAGGCGAGAGGAACGUCGAAAAAGGUAUGAAGCUGUUGCAGGACCUCUGGACAGUGGCUCUGAGGACAUGUCAACAAUGGAAAUUGAUGGCACACUUGUGGUGCCUUCAAGUGAAAAGCAACAGAAGGUGCAAGAAGAAAUUGAACAGCAGUGGCAGCAGGUUGAGAAAACUCCACUCAGGGAAGAGCGUCAGCUUCCUCUUAUCUCUGUGCUUGCUGGUACACAUGCUGCUGAACUAGAGAAACUACAAGAAAGUCACAAAAGAGAGUUGCAGGAGAUGAGAAGUCUGCUGGAAUCUUGUCAGCGAGAGUUGGCUGACUCCCAUCAGUACAGGCAGGAGCUUGAAACACAGCUGAAUGCUGCAUUAGAACGAGAGCAACAUGUUCGCUCGGGCUAUAUCUCUCCGGCAACAUGUGAGCGUGGAUUUGCUGCAAUGGAGGAGUCACAUCAGAAGGUAAUCGAAGAACUUCAGCGACAGCAUCAGAGGGAGCUGGAGAAGCUAAAGGAUGAGAAGGAUAGACUACUUGCAGAGGAAACUGCUGCGACUAUUGCUGCAAUUGAAGCCAUGAAGAAUGCCCACCAAAGUAAGCUAGAGAGAGAACUGGAGAAAGCAAGGAAGACACCAAGCAAUAUUGAGAAUGUUGAUCUAGAAGAAGUAUGCAGGCAACAUGAAGAGGAACUUGCAUCAAUGCAUAGGGAAAUCGAAGUACUUUCAGAACAGUAUUCUCAAAAAUGCCUGGAGAAUGCGCACCUGGCUCAAGCCUUGGAAGCUGAACGGCAAGCAUUACAACAGUGCCAGCGAGAGAACCAAGAUCUCAAUGCACACAAUCAAGAACUGAACAAUCGUCUGGCUGCAGAAAUCACCAGGCUAAGAUCAGUAGUUGCUGGAGAGGGUGGAAUUGAUGGCUCUACGCCAACCCAAGGCAAGGAUGUUUAUGAACUUGAGGUGCUUCUUCGUGUAAAAGAAUCAGAAGUACAGUACCUCAAACAAGAAAUAAACUCGCUUAAAGAUGAGUUGCAGACUGCACAUCGUGAUAAGAAGUAUGCUACUGACAAGUAUAAGGACAUCUAUACAGAGCUUAGCAUUGUAAAAGCCAAAUCAGACCGAGACAUAAGCCGUUUAAAAGAACAGCUGCAGCUUGCGCAUCAAGCACUGGGUGAACAGUCUCCGGAAGAUAUGGACCGUGGAGGAUAUGAUAUUAUGAAGUCAAAGAGUAAUCCAGACAUCCUGAAAAUGGCAACAUCAAAGAGAGCAGAUCGAACUAUGAGAUCUAAGAGUCUCAAGGAAGGAUUAACACCUGAUCAGAAGUUUCAGCUUUUUGAAAGCAAGGAACCAAAAGAACUUUAGCAUUCCAUUGUAUGCAAAAAAACUUUCAUCCCGUGCAAAAAUAGUUUUUAUAGCCUCUGAGUAUAUAAAUAGCUUCCUAACAUCUACUGUACAAAACUUGUAACCUCUAGAAAAUUAGGAAGCUGCAUUUGUUCACAGAUCUGAAAUUACACUGGUUACACAAAGUAUGCAGAACUUUAUCCUAGAAUAAUAGUAUAUAUAAUUUCUUAAUUAUUACAUAUUUGUGCACUACAGUAACUGUGACUUUCUACAAAGUGUCUUACUGUAUAUAUAUAUAUGUUAGAUAUUUUUUGCUCUGAUGCACUUGAAAUACUGUCAUGAACACUUAUUACAUAAGCUACUAUAUGGUCAGAUAAUAGGCAAUGGCAGCACUACAUGUAAAUAAGCAGAUGAAGUAAUUGUCAUUUUUGUUCAGAUGUCAGACUUGCCAGAAUAAAGUAUGCACCCUUGAAGUACUUAUUUUAUGACCAAACAGUUUGGGAACUCUGUGUUUGAUUCGUUUUCAGUCAGUUAGUGCAGCUUUUUUAUCCUCUACCUGCUGUAAAGAUGUGUCAAAUGAAGUGCCAGUUUUCUCACUUCUCUGGCACAUUUCCACCCUUUUACUGAAUUAAAAACUAUAAAAAAUG